GAAGUUCGGGUCAUCCUCCUUGUCCACGGCCUGGCUGUAGUGCCGGAGCCGGAGCAGAGACGCGGUGGCCGGCAGAGCCGCGUCCGCGCAGCCCGAGGCCAGGGCACCGCUCCCGGCGGCUCGGCAGAGGGAUGCUUCUUUUUCAGAAAAGCCUUAAAGAUGGAUGGAUAUCCUAAAACUUAACAAAACACUAUGAAACAAUACAACUAUGACCGAUAAACCAAAGAUCCACAUAUUUCUGGGGGCUCCCCAUCCCUCAUCACUAUCUAAGGAUGUCCAAGAAGAAGAAGAGAAAGAAGGAGGCCUCCCAUUUCAGUGGAAGACUCUGGAGCUGCGCUGGAGUCAGGGUAGGUUGCGACAUUUAGAAUGUAAGGGAGAUGCAACACCUGAAGUUUCUGAAGGAGGUCUAAGCACUGGUGAUUGUGUGGAGGCCAUUGGUAGACUGAAGCCAAAACGCGUCCAUGAAAAGCAAAGCUUUUCAGGAACUCAUGAGGGUAGCAAGACUGGAAAUGUGUCCGAAGAUGAUUCCACAUGCUCAACUGGCCUGUCCUGUAGUGCUAUAGGCACUAAUUCUGCUGCUGCGGCGCCAAUGGUUGAAGGAAACUCACCCACUGAUCUUGGGAAUAGUAUAUGUUUAGGUUCUAGUGAGGAUGACAAGACUAAAGACUCUGAAGGUGAAUCUGUAGAAGAGCCUGAAGAUAACUUGACACCUCCAGUUAGUCGUUCAGCUCUGGAAAGGCAAGCAUAUACAGAAAAGGAACUGGAAAAGGACUUUUGUCCUGGUAUAGUUGCUGAAUACCUAGACAGUUGCUUUCUUUCUCUACAACCUGGCCCUAGCUCUAACCCUAUGAUCAGACAUCCUGAGCAAAGUCCUGCCAUAAGUGUUGAGACUGAAUAUUUAACGGUCUGGACCAAGAGCCAGAGUUUACUCCUCAGAGGUAGAGUGGUUAAGCAACCUCAAGGUGGCUCACAAGAGAAACCUAGAUCUCCCCAAACACCAACACAACAAACACCUGUAGCUUCUGUUGGCUCCCCAGAGCUCUACAGCCCAGAGGUUAGCCCAGUCCAGAGAGGCCUAGGGGGAACUCUGCAAAGUUCACUCAGUAUUUUCUAUGAAAGUCUUAGCCAGAGGCAUCAUGAAGGAGGUGUGGUAAUAGAGUGCACACCUGAUGGGAUUCUGUGCUCUCAGGCAAGUCCUCCAGUGGACCAAGAAGGUGCUAAUCAAUCUGCUGAAUCCCCAAUCUCAUCUGUAACACCUGAAAUCUCACCUACUCCCAGUACUUCAAAACGCGCAAAACUGUCUCCCAGCACAUCUAAAGGCCAUCGUCAGAUGGGCUCAAAAAGUGUGCUUCCACUGUGCGGUCCCACCACUCUCCUCUCAAGGUGUAAGAGUCAUGGUGUACAUUACUCUAUCUUGGUUGCUGUGGUUCACCCCUGCCACCUGAAGGAGAUCAAAGUGAAGUCUGGAGCGUCUGCUGGAGCCAGUGUUCCUCUGGCCUCCAUGAUUGUUACUGACCAAUCAGGAGUGGAGGUAAAGGCGGUUCUGUGGAGGACAGCUGCAUUCUGGGCCCUGACUGUGUCUCCUGGGGACAUACUGCUCAUCACAGGUGUGAGGGUACAUGAGGAUAAAUGGCGAGGAGAAACAGUACUGCAGUCUUCCUUCAACAGCCGUCUUCUGAACCUGGGUCAGAUUACUCCAGAUCAUACUUCACAAGCUCCACAGAAUGUAAAUAUUCAUACUUGGAGAACACUGUGUACUUAUCUGCACGAGAAGCGCCCCCUGUUGGUGUCUCUGCCUGCUCGCACUGCUCAGGACCCACAUUCAGUCUCAUUCGUCCGUCUUGGUUCUCUACGGCCUGACACACUCGUUCAUGCUCUGCUAAGAGUCAAACACUCCAAGACCAUUUCAGCCUGGCGUGAUGAGGUGGAGGGUGUAUCCCGGACAGGCAGUGUGCUGAGAGCUGUGCUGAGUGUGGAGCAAGGAGAUGGCACACAGGGAGCUGUGGUCCUUUGGGGAUCUGCCUUGGCCUUGCUACAGCGCAUAAACAGGAACACGGAUGCAGUGUGGGAGUUCCGGCUGCUCUUAGUGAAACAGGACGUGACCUCAGGCCUACUAGAGCUUCACUCCACGCCGUGGAGCUCCUGUCAUCCAGUCUUCCCAGACGACACUCGAUGCAAAGAGUUUUACAACACAGCCUCCUCACACAACAGCUUUGAGAUCGACCUGCACACACUCCUGUCCCAAAAGUACACAGGUAACGUGGAGCUGAAAGCUCAAAUCACUGCUGUCCAGUUUCAGAGCAGCCCGUCGCAGGAUGCAGUGCAGCUCAUGGAUCGAGAGAUGUCUCUGGAGAAAGUUCUGGAGGUUGUGUGUGGUGACAUCACUUUCACUGGCUGUGGCCUGUGCUGUGCUGAGCUGGACACGGAUGAGAACGGAAUCUACAGACCCUGCUACCCCUGCCUGCCUCAUACUGGAGUACGCCGCUACUACAGACCAGCUGUUCUGACUGUGAGAGAGGGAGAUCGUCAAGUGUGUGUACAAGUUCCACCCACUCUUUUGCAAAAGAUCCUGCUUGACACCCCACCAGACAAGCUGAACAAGCCUGUAGCUCCUGCAUCAGAGGAGAGGUUUGUCCAUGUUGUAGCCAAGCGAAUCCACUCCAUACUGUCCACUCCAAGAACCCUGUAUUGUCUGACUGUCCGCAGCCAUUUUGAAUGUGAUGAAAACAGCGUUCCUAUCAUUCAGAAUUUCUUCCUGUUAGAAUUUAAAUCAUAAGAACCACAAAGACACUGUCAUUAAAGCUCUGACAAAGUACACCAAGCCCUUACCUAAAGUUACAUAUAGAAUAACAUUUUAUAUGCUAUGAAAUAAAUUAUUUUUGAACAGAUGUAUAUAAUAAGCCUAUUUAUACUGUACGUUUUCCCGAGAUUUUUACUUAUCUAAUAAAGAUCUGCUCUCAGGUUGUUUAA